CGCCCAUGUUUAACGGACAUUCAAAAGUUAGUCUAACGUUAAACGACUGUCGCUUCGCACAAAAAACAAUCAAAAAUUUUAACUGAGUGUAUUUUUUACCACAGCAAAGUAGAAACAAAAUUUAAAAUGGUUGGCACUUCGAACUGUAAACGCAUCUACAAACAGCACAAACCAAUGAUCUGCUAUAAUAAACCUCCCUCGGCACAAGUCAACCCAACAGAGUACGAAAGCAAACGGGAAGAUGCACUCACUGGUGCGGUCGUCGAGGCGCUGAUCGUGCCAAAGCGCACAGCACACACCUGGACAAUGCAAGCUGGCGACUUAUGUCGCAUCACUGUCUGCGAGGGCUCACAGGUGGGUGACAUGAACUUCUGGAACUUAGAUAAUACCAAAGAACGUUUCUAUUCGGGCAAAACACGCCAACUGCACAGUACACAUCUGAAUGUGUACGAUCGCUUGUGGAGCAAUUUCCCCUAUUUACGGCCAAUGGCCACCUUUGUUCACAACACUCUAGCCGAUUAUGGCAUAGAUGAGGAUGGUGGCUCAUUGCAUGAUGUGGUUGGGACGCGCUGUGAUGAUUACACUUACAAAUUAAUCACUGGCAAAGAACGUGUGGGCAGUUGUCAUAGUUCGUUGACAAAAGCAGUGGUGGAGGAGCGUGGUUUGAAGGAGGAAGAUGUGCAUGAUGUGUGGAAUAUUUUCAUGUGCACCGGUUUCACGCGAGAUACUCAACAAUAUUUCUGUAAACCCAGUCCUGCACGCAAAGGCGAUUACAUCGAAUUUAUUGCCGAAAUAAAUCUUUUGCUUGCCUUAAGUGCCUGUCCACAAGGUGACGUUUCCAUAACGGUGGGCGAUGAAGUGCCCGACGAGGUCUGUCAUCCAUUAAAGGUGGAAGUUUUCCGCAAAAAAUGUAUUGAUAAGAAAAUAUAACGGAAUUUUUAAUAUUUGCAUUUUUUUUUUUUUUACUUGAGCAACUUUAGUAAACAUCACCUAUACCUAUUAUUUUUCGCUAUAAAAAGCAAAGAAAAAAAUUGACAUAAGAAAUCAAAUUUCUGAUUAUGCGCCUAAU